CAUUUAAGAGUCACACACACACACACUGAGGAAUCAGUGAGUUUGUUUUAAAAGAUGAACGCGUGGACAAUGGAGAGGAGGAUGUAUACCUUGACUCUGCUGUCUCUGGUGCUGUCAGGUGUCGGUGCCCUCACCGUGAACAUCCCGAAGAAGUUAUACGAGUUUGCCAGGGGUGACAACAUCACACUGCCCUGCACCUUUACACUCAAAAAUCCCCCCACGGAAAAGACCCUUUACAUCAUCUCAUGGUCGGGCGAGGUUGAGGGCAGCGACACUGAGACCCUGAUCCUCACUUAUUAUUCUCAUCUUGGAAUUACUGACGUCACAAAGCAUAAUGAAGGCCGCGUUUCACUGGAUUUUGAUGUUGCCAAGAGAAAGGCCGACUUGAAAAUUACCUCCAUCACAAAAAGGGACAAUAAGGAGUUUGAGUGUCGCGUCCAGGUUCCAGGCGACGAUGAGGGCAAGCCGUCCGACACCACGCGCCUGGUGGUGCUCGUGGCUCCAUCUACACCCAUCUGUGAGAUCCAGGGAAAGACAGAAUACGGCAAGAACAUCAACCUGACCUGUGUGUCUGAGGAAGGCAUGCCGACACCCAUUUACUCGUGGAAAAGUCAAGAUGUCAGGAACAUGCCUCGCGUGGCCGACCCAAGAACCACCGACAAGGGAGGCGUCCUGUCUCUCUACAACAUCUCCAAAGAUGCAUCGGGAUACUACAUCUGCACCUCGUCAAACAAGAUCCGCUCGGCUACCUGCAACAUCACCCUCUCAGUCAUGCCACCUUCCAUGAACAUUGGCUCGACUGCAGAAAUCAUCGCUGGAGCCGUCGCCGCGUUGGUUUCAUUCAUUCGUUAUCUAUUGCUGCUGCUGCCGGAAGGAGAAGGAUGAGAUCACCAUGGGAGCUCGUGAGGACGAGUACAGCGACAAACAGCCCUGCAAAAAUAAUUCCGAUGUGUCUGGACUGCUGGUCUAGGCACAGAUGGCAAAUAAAAGAGGAUAAUAAUAAUUAAUAAACUUCUGAUAUUACUUCCACUC